AGCAGCGGCGGCUGCGGCGGCCGGGGACCCUGGACCCCAUCCCCAAGCGAGAAGGAAGGAAGGAAAGAGGAAGGAAGGAAGGAAGAAGCGAGCGCACAAAGCCUUUCCACCCAAGGAUGACACUAAACACAGAGCAAGAAGCAAAGAGCCCCCUGCGUCGGCGAGCCAGCACUCCACUGCCUUUGUCCGCCCGGGGUCACCAACCUGGCCUCCUGUGUACAGCACCUUCCACAAAACCCCAGCAUCCCCCACUGGGCCAGUCAUCUUCCCUCAAUCCUCCCACCCGGCAGCCUUCACCUGCACCUAAUGGUUGGUCAUCCGAAUCCAGCGACUCUGAAGGCUCCUGGGAGGCCCUCUACCGCGUGGUACUGCUGGGUGAUCCUGGCGUAGGGAAGACCAGCCUGGCCAGCCUGUUUGCAGGGAAGCAAGAGCGAGACCUCCAUGAACAGCUGGGAGAAGAUGUGUACGAGAGGACCCUCACGGUGGAUGGAGAGGAUACCACGCUGGUGGUCAUGGACACCUGGGAGGCUGAGAAACGGGAUGAAAGCUGGCGCCAGGACUCCUGCCUGCAGGUGGGCAGCGCCUACGUCAUCGUGUACUCCAUAGCAGACAGAGGAAGCUUCGAGAGCGCCUCGGAGCUCCGCAUUCAGCUGCGGCGCGAGCAUCAGGCCGACCACGUGCCCAUCAUCCUGGUGGGCAACAAGGCUGACCUGGCCCGCUGCCGGGAGGUCUCCGUGGAAGAGGGCCGCGCCUGCGCAGUGGUGUUCGACUGCAAGUUCAUCGAGACGUCGGCCACGCUGCAGCACAAUGUGGCCGAGCUCUUCGAGGGCGUGGUGCGCCAACUGCGCUUGCGCCGCCGGGACAGCUCGGCGCCGGAGACUCCGGCGCCCCGACGGCGUGACAGCCUCGGUCAGCGGGCACGUCGCUUCCUGGCACGGCUGACGGCCCGCAGCGCCCGCCGCCGGGCACUCAAGGCCCGCUCCAAGUCUUGCCACAACCUGGCGGUGCUCUGAGGCCGCCUGGCCUCCUGGGGGUGGCGGAACACUGGGCUGCACUGAUGCCACCGAGUGUCCUCGACGCAGUUGCCUGGACUCAGCACAGUGCUCUAUGCCUGCCCGUUACCCCGAGGGCCGGAGCAUCUCCCGGAGCUGCAACUUCAGGGACUCCCCCCCACCUUCCCCAGGAAGGGGUGGACGGACUAUGGGGCCGAAGCCCCAAGCUGGGCACAGACUAGGGUUUUUUUUACGUCGUGCGUGUCUUUUUGUAAAAAUCUUCCUUGUCCCUUGGCUCUGGCCAACUCCCUGCAAUAAACCAGACCAGAAGGAUGUCUUC